CAGAAAAGCUGAAGAGUAUCUGCGGCUAUCCCAGGUGAAAUGUACAGGAUUAAUGGCUCAGAUGACAGCGACAAGCAGUGCUGUGAUGUGCCUGGACCUAGCAGCUAGUUUCAUGAAACAACCAGUGGACAAAAGCUGUUUUGUUAAACUCUCCGGUUUGAACAAAACGACCUACCAGAGCUCCAUGAAGUCUUUGGAGUGUUUGCUAGAGGUGAACCCCCGGCUGGGAAUGCGAGACUUGGCUGUGCAAUUCUGCUGCACAGAGGCAGUGAGCACCGCUUCAAAAAUACUACAGAGGUAUGAAUCCAGCCUCUCUGAAGCACAGCAAAUGGACCUUGAUUUCUCAAAACCACUUUUUAUAACAGCUGCACUAUUCAUUGCAUGCAGGUGUUUGAAGCUAAAAGUGGACAAAACUAAAAUGUUGGCUAUAUCUGGGGUGAAAAAAGCAAUAUUUGACCGGCUGUGCAAUCAGCUGGAGAAGAUGAGCCAGCAACUCUGCAAUGAUGUUCCACUGGCUGCAAAGACACCUGAAAGCUUGACCACCUCUGUGGAGCACUGUGAGGAGGAAGAUGGAUCUGAAGAUGAUGAGGAGAUGCCAUGUAAACGGCCAAAGACUGAAACAAAACAAGACUAUGAAGAAUGGAAAAAGAAAAUCCUGGAAAAUGCUGCUAAGACACAAGAGACAAGUAGGAGUACUGUCUGUAGUGCCACCUAGUAAUAUCACUGCUGCUUGCUCAUAAUUUUAACUCUCCCUCUGCUCUAACAAGAGUUCCAGUAGCGUGUGAGGGAUAGCUGCCUGAUAGCCAGCUAAUUUUAUUUAUAAGAUAGUUUUUAAGUAUUUAAGAAUAGUAUUUUUAGUAAAUGACACCAGAAUUGAGGUGAUUUUACACAAAGCCUAUCUGACUACUUGCCAGGCUGGUACCUGAGCAGCUAUGGCAUUAGGUGGUAGAAAAGUUUCACUUCUCUUGCUGCAAGAAGCAGUUAACAUUCUAAUGCUGUGUUAAGUAUAAGUUAUGAGUUAUGCCCUUGUGCCCCUGGCUGGAAGAAGUCAGUGGAAAAAAAAAGAGGGAGGGGACUAACAGUGCCUUGUUAAGCUGCAAAACCAGCAGAGGAGUUAAAAGCCUGGUAAUUUUAAAGUUUUUUUACCUGUAAAAGAAAUAUUGUUUAGUGACUGAGUUUGACUUAUUUUUAUUACCUGUAUGGGACUGAAAUCUCAUUGUAAGGGGUCCCAAAUAUUCCAAGAAACAAUAAAGAGAGUGGAAGGAAAAGCUUUGUAUGACAUCGGGUUCUUCGCACUUGUCAUAUAUAAAAUCCUUGAGUGCAAAACAAAACACAUACAGGAGAUACCUGUGCUUUAAGGAGGAAGAUAGGCAGGGAACAAGGAUCUUAUCUGGGUAAUACAGGUUUUUUGCAUCUCAAAGUCAAACAGUGGAGAGUGCCCCCUGCCUUGUAGUUCUUGGGGGCAACUUCUACUGUCCUACACUUCCAUCCCAGCUACUCAAACUAUAAUUUGUAUUAACUACUUUUUGAAGGAAACAAAAAAAAUCACAAUUUUUAGUAGCACAGGGCUGGUGUAACUAUAAAAAAAAAGCCAUCCACAUCUUCUGCCCAUUUCUCUUGCAUGUUUUCUGCCCUGGAGUAUGCAAAGAGAAGUUAAUUUUUAUAAACUCUAAUUUCAGAACAGCCCAGAAAACCCCAAGUUUCCAGAUGAUGCAAGAUAAAUCAUCUCUUGUCUGAGCAUUUAGAUUUGAAACUCUGCUCCCACCUAAGCUUCUUCUCAGCCAGUAAUGCCUUGGCAAAUGCCUCACUGCUGUGUAUACUCUGCUUACCUGGGUGACACUGAUCACACCAGCAUUAUGAUAGUUGGUAUUAUUAACUGCUUUAGAUAUCAGUGUAUGGGGCCAGUUCUUUUUGUUAUAUUUACCAUUCCAGUGACUCACAGGUCACCUGUGGUUUGCCCUUUUAGGUUUUUUUGUAGACCCCAAAGCAAAGUGCACAGGACACAGUGAAAUAUCCCAUAAGGUUGCAGAGGCAUGUUUCGGUGUACUGCAGAACCAUGUGACAGUGCCAAAUCUUAAGGGAUUUCUUUCUAUUAGGAACAAAAGAAUAAUCGUGCUGGCCAGGGGCACCUUUCUACGUAGAAAAGGGAGAGGAAAUAUGUACAAGACAGCAGAGAGCAUCUGCAUGUUACCUCUUAAAAAGAGAGGAAGAAGCACACACUAAUUGGAAAACUAAAACCUAGUG